ACGCUGUUUUUUUCAUUUUAGUUUAUUGACAAUCUUUCAUAGGGAGAAUUGUUUGUUCAACAAAAAAUGGGCGAAACAAAGGUUGAGAAGCGCGCACCAAAAGUUUACGACGAUCCUCUAGCUGCUGCUAUGAAAUUUAAUGAAGCGUCAUAUGCCGACUAUGAUAGCUUGUGGAUGAAACGUUUAGCCUCGGCGUCGAAGAAGGGUUCCGUAAAACUGAGUGAUGGAACAGAGGUUACUAGCAAAGAAAUCAUGGCGAAAAUGGGCGAUUUAGUCAAAGCAAAAAAGAUGCUUUCCGCUCUUUAUCGAAGCAAUAUUAAAUCAAGGAAAAGAGGAAACAACGGCGAAGGGUUUAAGAAACCUUUUGUUGUAGAUAGAAACAUCAGAGAAUUCGUUUCCAGCGGAAGGUUUGGUGACUAUGACGUUGCCAAAAUGUUUCCGUUGUUAGUCAAGAAAGGAGUAACGAAUGUGGCUAUUCUAACGCCUCUUUUUCUGCUCGUACAUCAAGUUGAACAAUCUCAAUGUGGAAAAAGAUAGGCAAAAGGUGCGUAUGGACGACCUGCUUUCUAAGUUGUUUGGACGAACGGUGGCUGAGAUCCUUCGGGAGAGAAAGAAACAAAACAAGGACGACAAGCUUGGUCCGAAUGAAUUCACCUACUGGAUCAUUCAGUCUAUUGUGAAGCACCAUAAAGUCGAAAAGGAAGUUUCUCUUAAUCCCGAUGAAGCAGCUCAGUUAGUGAAAGAAACAGAGAUAGCACAUGACCUGUUAGUCAAGUCCAAAUCGUGAGCAUCCUGUAUAAAAGAAUGGUCUCUUCUGUGUUUCUAUAUUGGUUUUUUUUUGAACUUGUGCUGCUGACUGCGAUAACAUUAUAUUUACAACUUUUGAAAUCGCUCUUUCACUGGUCCAAUGAUAUUGUCGUAGCAGUGACUGUUGCUACUUAUCUUAUUGCAGUCGGCGUCGAUGUAUUCGUAAGUGGGAACUUUAACCUGCGUCAUAGCUUUUCGACUUUCGGGAGCGUACUACCUCUCAUGUCCAUAGGAAGCUGAAAAAAAAAAGAAAGUCCCUUUGGAACUCAAACCUAAUAAAAAGUGAGAGUGAGCG